UGCUGUCAAACUGUUUCGCAUCUGAAUUUGCUUAAAAGGUUUGAAAGUUUCGAUCGGUAGUUUAGUUUCUAACCUGCAGUUUGAAGAACUCGUUGAAUGCCGACCGACGCCGCAAAAUGAUCAAUGAAACUUUUACUCUCUUGUGUGUCAUGAAAACAUUUCUCUACGUGCAAUCUUCUAAACAUGUCUUUGGCACAUUCCAUCGUAGACUUUUUACCGACCACUCUAGUACAUAUCUUAUUCUGCAGUAUUUGCAGAUCAUUAUGUUUUUUCAUCGCUUUCUAUUAAGAUGAUUGCCCAUCGAUAUCUCAAUUAAAGACGUGUUUAAAUCCAAAGAAUUCAGGUCGACGCGGCGGCAUAUCAACAGGCGUCAAUUGAUUGCAACGAGCUUGUCCAACACCGAUGACACGGAGAUAGCUCGGGUUCCAUGGAAGUACGGGAAUCUCCGCCCGUUUGAUUAUCACGUAGCUUAAGUGCGCAGGCAGCCCAGUGCUCCAGAUAGGGAGUUGUCUUGCGGAGCUCAACACAGCUGAUUGGAGUCGGAGUCAAAUUUAGCAUGCUGAUAGCUGUUUUUAUCUGAGGACCACAGCCGGAAAUGCAGUCCGUAACAGAGUCAUUUUCUCACAAAGAAAUCAUAAGCUUACUGAAAAAUCAUGUCUAAAAUCGAAACGAAGAAUAAUACAUGCCUUUUCAUCUUCACCGAAACAUUUUAAUCUUUCCAACGAAACGAAACAUGCCCUUACAGUACAUUUUCGAAGUGCCGUACUCAACUGAUUCUGGUGUGCGUACAUAAGCACGAAUGUGCACUUUGACCGUGGGAAUCAAUGACCGAAAUAUUUUCUUAAGUGUCAUUUUCUGCGGUAGCUUAGCUGACCAAAGUUGGCCUCAGAAAACAGGCAUGCAAUAUUAUUCUCAUAUGAAGAGAAAAAAUCCAGCAUUCCUGGCUCCUACAUGCGGGAAACGUUCUCGAUAUUGUGUCAUAGGCUAUUUUUCUGCACGGUACGUGAUCCGCCCAGAGCGCCGAACGUGUUGAAUGACGCACCAACGAGCGAAGAAUUUUUGGAUGCGUAACUCCCACCGUACGUGGUACGUACGUACAUACCACAAAUAUUUAAAGUGCCGAAAGUGGUUUUGGUUACAUGACCUUGGGUAUAAUGUUCGGGACAGUCGAUCGAAGCUGCGUGCGCCUGCAGAUAGCGCUAUGCUAAAAUUGUUGCAGGUAUCGGUUCCGCAUUGGCCAUAUCCAUUGAUCACGUCUUAAACGGCAGAUCACAGAUUACUCAAGCAAGUUGAGAAUGGAGGGAGCGGUAAAUCUUCGACCCAACUCCGGUGCGGAAGCGCACGUCGCUCUCCGGUGCCCUAAGUGCAAUUUAGUCAUGCAUCUUGGAGCGGUCGCGGUUGCGGCCGUGAUAAGGGCGCUCCCCGGCGGAGAGUUUCUUCCGGUGCGCUGGCACGUGGAAAGAGCGCUCUGCAAUUUGCUCACACCACCGUUAGCCGAGAUUGGGCCCGCGUUGUUUUGGUCUCUUUCACGCGGCAGCCAAUGACUCUGUACAUAAAUCACGCGGCGGUCAAUCGGCAUUCGAGUUAUGCAACAUUCUCGAAAGCGAGCGCACCCAGCGACCUUUUAAGCGCGUCUGCCCCGCUGUAAGCCAUCACUGCCACUCCAGAGCUGACUGCGUUCUCAGCCAAGGUUCCACGAAACAGCAAGGGUACAAGCACCAGCCCUCCAAAGUCCGCCACAUCAGAUGACCCCAGGAUCAGGACGAGAAAUUAGUUCCAGUCAGUUAAGAGUCAUCUGAAGUAGAGUGCCAUCAUGACGCACCGCCUCUGGUCGACGUGUAUGGGUCUGCUGGCCCUGCUCUCCAUUGCGACCAGUCGCUCAGUUCGCCAACUGCCGAGUGCAUAUCCGCCCAUGCUGCCUGUCGGCUACUACGGGCAGUCGCACUAUGCCUACCCGCCCUACGGUUAUGGUUACCAGGCUCCACCGUUCGCGAUCAAUCCGCCAGGCGCUUACUACGACAACGUCUACGGCGUCUACAAGACCUACCCGGGCGGUGGAUAUCCCGUGCGGUUCGAUUACAAUAAUCGUUGCUCUCGGAACUACAUUGGCAUAAAGCCCCACCCUGAUCAGCGGCAGUAUUACUACGUCUGUAAGCCCAACUGUGUAAUCUUUAGCAAGUGCCGCAACCUUGAGAGUUUUAACUCGAGCAGUGGGCGUUGCGUGCAACACGUUCCACAGCACAGAACGGACCUCACGCUGCCACAGUGCCAGAAGGAGGGUCGAUUCCCGCACCCCCACGACUGCAAGGUUUACUACAGGUGCGAUAAAAACCGGACGCAGCCUUGGCUAUUCGCCUGCCCCGACAGCACUAUUUUCUCGCCGGUGGAGCACAAGUGCCUGCCCGGCGACCAGUGCCCAUCGACGGAGAUCUCGGACAGUGGCAGCUACAUCCCUCAGAACUGCGAGAUCAAGUUCCCCGAGUGCGCCGAAGAAGGCACCUUCCGCUCGCCGACAGACUGCGCCCUCUACUACACAUGUCGAUUGCAGGAAAGCGGUACCUAUCUGCAGACGCGCUUUAAAUGCCCCGGCAGCAACAGCUUUGACCUCGAGCGAAAGCUGUGUCGUCCCCGCAGUGAAGUCGACUGCUUGGACUAUGUCCCUGGACCUGUUCCGUUACCCUUCAAUGCCCCACAGGCAUAUUAUCCACCCUACCCAGCUGCACCGCUCUUCGAAGAGGACUAUUACGAUACGGGUGCCAGGGAACAGCAGCCUAAUGUUAAAUCCGAAAAGCUACAGUUGGGGGAAGGAUUCGAAAGACCCUCAGUAAAAAUUGUCAUUCUGCCCACCACGCCAGCGACCACGACAACUUCGAAGCCCACCGCUUAUCCGGAAUACCCCACGUAUCCCCCGUACCCCUCAUAUAGGCACACUUCUCACCAUCUUGAAAAAGAACCGUUAAUGGAAAGGCUAGAGGUUGAGAAAAAUGACGACUCGCGCAGAUUUAAGCUGUCGGAGAACAUAGUCAUCAUACCCACUACACCAGCACCUACAACUAUCAAGAGUAAACUUUUAACGGAUACCACCAAAUAUCAUUAUAAAAGAUACACUUAUGCACCAGCUAAAGAUGAGACUCUGGAUUUCAAAGCAGCUGUAAGAGACUUGCACCUAUCGCAAAAAAUUGUCAUUUUGCCCACUACGACUAGCACAACUACGCCCAAACCAAUAAUUUCUACAUGUCCCCACUUUUCGACGCCAAGUACAACUCCGAAAUCGAUCAAAACUACAGUAACAGAUACCACUCAGAAAUCCUCUACAGCUACUACCACAGGGAAUACUGAUAAACCUAAAACAAGUACCGAAAAACCUACCACGACGACUCCAAAAACAUCAACAGUGUCAACAACUACUCAAAAGCCAAGAACGACUUCUCACAAAAGGUCUACUGUUACUACAACCACAAAAAAACCCAUAACAAGUACUUCUAAACCUUCUACAAUUACUAAAAAACCAACUACUACCACUCAAAAACUAACAACUAUCAGGCCUAGAACCACUACCCAGACGAAAACGACAACUCGAAAUAAUACCACAACUCAAAAACCAACUACAAUGACUUCAAAAACAUCUACAGUAACUACGUCCCUUAAACCUACAAAAACAACUACAGUGACAACCACUACCGAAAAACCAACAACUCUGAAAACCUCUACAGUAACAACGACCAGUCCAAAAUCAACAACUACUAGUCCAAAAACGGACACAACAAGUACAAGUACCCUUAAAUCUACAACAACGACUCCGAAGACAACAACAGUGACAACUACUACCCAACAACCAAUAACGACCACACUGAAAACUUCUCCAGUAACUACGACUACUCAAAAGCCAACAACUAAAAGCCCAAAAUCGACAACCACGACUCAGAAAUCAACAACGAAUCCAAAAACACCUAUAGUGACCACAACUACACAACAACCAAUAACGACCACUCUGAAAACCUCUACAGUAACUACGACUACUCAAAAGCCAACAACUACUAGUCCAAAGACGACAACAACGACACAGAAAUCAACAACGAGUUCAAAAGCACCUACAGUGACAACAACUACUCAAAAACCAAUUACUCUGACAACUUCUACAGUAACUACGACCUCUCAAAAGCCAACGAAUACUACCCAUAAAUCUACACAAACGACUCCGAAGAUCUCAACAGUGACAACUACUACUCAAGAACCAAUAACAACCACUCUUAAAACCUCUACAGUAACUACGACUACUCAGGAGCCAACAACUACUACGACACAGAAAUCAACAACGAGUUCAAAAGCACCUACAGUGACAACAACUACUCAACAACCAAUUACAACCACUCUGACACCCUCUACAGUAACUACGUCCUCUCAAAAGCCCACUACUUCUACCCUUAAACCUCCAAGAACGACUCCGAAGGCAACAACUACUAAGCAACAACCAAAUACAAGCACUCUGAAAACCUCUACGGUAACUUCGACUACUCAAAUGCCAACAGCUACUAGUCCAACAACGACAACAACGACACAGAAAUCAACAACGAGUUCAAAAGCACCUACAGUGACAACAACUACUCAAAAACCAAUAACUUUGAUAACUUCUACAGUAACUACGACCUCUCAAAAGCCAACAACUACUACCCUUAAAUCUACAACAACGACUCCGAAGAUCCCAACAGAGACAACUACUUCUCAAAAACCAAUAACGACCACUCUGAAGACGUCUACAGUAACUACAACAACUCAAAAUCCAGAAACUACUAGUCCAAAGACGACAACAACGACACAGAAAUCAACAACGAGUUCAAAAAAACCUACAGUGACAACUACUCAAAAACCAAUAACGACCACUGUGACAACCUCUACAAUAACUACGACGUCUCAAAAGCCAAAACCUACUACCACUAAACCUACAACAACGACUCCGAGGAUCUCAACAGUGACAACUACUACUCAAAAACCAAAAACGACCACUCUGAACAGCUCUACAGUAACUACGACUACUAAAAAAAUUACUAGUCCAAAGACGACAACAACGACACCGAAAUCAACAACUACACAACAACCAGAAACGACCACUCUGAAAACCACUUCCGUAACUAUUCUUACGCCAAACUCCACCACGACAGAGCUGACCACUAGUACUAGGCCGCACUGUCCCGAUCCCGACUCCACCUCAGAUAAAAACACAAAUCCUGCAUGCACACAAGAACUCCAACCAGAAAAACAAUUUCAAAUACAUUCACCACAAAAUCCAGAAAGGCUUAAUCACACACAAAACAACAAAGAAUUAACUGGAAGAAGGAAUAUUUUAAGAGGGCGGGAUGAGCCAGACUACAUGGACGAUGCACCAUCUUCCGCGGAAGGGGAAUCAGGGCAGGAGACGACAGUGAAGGCUCCAACCAUGUCCACGCUGGCUGCGGCUCAUCUGCUGCGAAAGCUGUUCCACGUAAUCUCCACCACUCCACCGAGCAGGGAGCAUGCUCCCAGUCAGCGUGCUAUCAGACAGAGUCCGCCCGGCGUGACCCUUGCUCAGAUGGCCAGGCACAACCUUGCCACCUCCAAGCCUUUCAUCGCUCACUCCCUGCGGCUCUCCAUCCAGCAGCUGACCUCCACCCAGAAGCGCUCUAUCCAACCCAAAGCCCUCGUGGCUUUAAACCUAACUAAGAAGGAGUCGGAUGACUCUGAGUACUACGACAGUGAGACAUCUGAGCAGUACUCCGACGAAGAAAAUAGAGUGCUGGCGAAAACCCAGCCAAAAGACAUGUCCACCACAACUCUGGCCGCGGUGGUCCCGGUCCUGUCCUCGACUACUGAGCAGGAGCGUCAUAAGACCAGUUCCUCACCAAGCCAGGGGAAAGCAGUUUCGUCUACUACAGCUCAGCCGUUGGAGUCGACGACUGACGACUUGGAUUACAACUCUGGGGACUCUGAAUAUAGGAACGAUGAGGCGCCGAGUGCUGAACCCGAAUCCGAGAACCAGAUUCCGGGCGAAGUCAAGAACCUGGAAGCAAGAAAGAGUUUUUUGCUGAGCCUCCUGAAAGAGCGAUUGACUCGAUCAGAAGCUAAGAAGCCAUUGGCAACAACAGCUCCUUCUCAGACAUCAAGUCCUAGCUCGACUACAAGUUCAAGCACGAGUACAACCACAAGGCCUGAAAUAAUUAAGAGUACGAGUACGCCAUCACCCACAGAGUCGCCGACUGGGGGGGUACAGCUUCCAGCAAAAAACUCGAUUCACCAAAGCCUGCAAUACUAUGAUGACGAUGACUAUAUGGAAGAUGAAUCAAUCGACUUCUCUGAAGCCGCGAAAAAAGAUCAGGGCACAGGCAUAGUAGUCAAAAGUCCGCCAGCAGCCACAGCCAAGCGUCACAUUUUUCUCCCACUGUCACAGCAGGCGAUGGAAAAUGAAAUAGCAACGAGGAAUAAUGUGCAGUCGAAAGUACAGUUCAAAGAAUUUGAAAGCAGGGCAAUUAAGUUUCCCACUGGAAGUUCUCUUACGCGGUUACCAGGAACUGAGGGUGAAAUCAGUCGGGUUCAAACCAAACCCUUUCAUGACAAAGUUGGGCACUCUUCGAGGCUAACAGUUCCACCCACAAUAGCUCCAACAUCUAGUUCAAUAAAAACAGCUACUGAAUCAUCUUUUCCCAAACUAUCAUCAACAUCCACAGAAACAUUGACGACACUACCAACAAGAAUGCCACGAACUUUCACAGCCAGUCAAGCAGUAAGAGAAGCAGAAAAGCCAAAAACAAAGUUAAUCUCGCAAAGUAAAUUAGAAAUAAUCACACCGACAACACCAAAAACCCUUUCAACUCCAAGCGUAGUAGAAACAAUCACAACAUUAACAGCAAAAGUUCCUUCUGCAACCGCCACAGUGCGCCGGGAAAUGCUGUCAGUAAACAGCAGGCCUUGGUUGCUGGCGUCCCGCAACCAAACCGUUCACAUAACACCCAUAUCCACCAUCGCAGCACGAGCGCUAAACAACCCAGUGAACCAAGUUAACCGUUCGUUCAACCCACUAGUUUCCACCCCCACGGACUAUUCCACCGAGAAGGUGCCGCAGCUCAUCGUAAAGGUGUACGAGCCCAUUGACCUGAAAAUCGUCUUCUGCCCGAAGUCCUGCGAUCAGAACCACGACCAUAAAUACGACCCAGCUGAUAAUUAUAAGAAGUCAAACUGCUCUGGAUCCUGCGACGAGGAGGAGGAGCGGGUGCACAAACAUGUUGACAUCCAGUGGAAGCCACUGGAAAUGACCGAUAUCGCUAGCUUCCGCAACGCAGCAUAGAAAUGCGACGACAUUUUACAUCCAACCACAAAACUCACGUAGUGCGAUUACUUUAACCUUAUACCUAACCUAAAUAAAUAUUUUUAAAUCAACGUCUUGGUCGAUUGACAAAUGGCUUAGCGAACAGCGUAUAUUGACCACCAAAGAGGCUUCCGACCCGCGCGGACUGUUCUCCAUACCUUGUCCAACGUCCCGGGUGGCAAUGGGAGGCACCGAUGAUGGUGUGGAGUGGACACCGUUAAAAGAAACAGUGGAAAACGCGCGGAGUCGGCCGCCAAAAGAAGCAGGCAGAGUGCAUACAAAAAGUUACACGCCAAAAGGAAAGAAAAACGCGUUGCCAUGUCGAACGUCCUUCAGUCUGGGUGGAUUGGGAUGGGGCUGUGGCUGUGGAUGUGGUCGUGGCCGGUGGUUUCGUCCAGCACGCUGCCUGCAUGUGUCCAAAAAGGACGUUUUUCGUUUUACUUCUCAAAUUCAUCUACGCAAAUUUCAGAGCUCACGUCCACACACGUGUGUUCUAAGCAACUGAAGUAAACU